AUGGCCGAUCACUCAGACUCUUCUCCUCUCGUGCCUCCCCUUCCCCUCACUGACCCUUCGGAGAUCGACCUCGAAGCCGGUCCCUCCGAACAAAUCCAAUGCCGAAUUUGUCUCGAAACCGAUGGUAGAGAUUUCAUAGCCCCUUGCAAGUGCAAAGGUACAUCAAAAUAUGUACACCGAGAAUGUUUGGAUCAUUGGCGAGCAGUUAAGGAAGGCUUUGCCUUUGCUCACUGCACUACGUGCAAGGCUCCUUAUCAUUUGCGUGUUCAUGUUGCUGCUGAUAGGAAAUGGCGUACGCUGAAAUUUCGGUUUUUUGUCACCAGAGACAUUUUGUUUAUAUUUCUGUCUGUCCAGCUUGUCAUUGCGUCACUGGCAUAUUUGGUUUAUCUAAUAGAUGGUUACCAGCAAUACUGGCUUCGUCUUCUCUGGGGUUUUGAUAGUGAAAUGAGCUUUUACUACAUAUGUGGAGCUCUAUUAUUUUUUGCCUUGCUUGGCCUUUCUGGGUGCUUCAUUACUUGUUAUGAUCGAAGAGUUCGCAAUGAUUUAGCUCAGCCUUGUAGAGAAUUAUGUCUUUGUUGCUGUCAACCUGGAGUUUGUGCAGACUGUCAUUUGCCAGGCACUCUUUGUAUGUGGACUGAUUGCACCACUUGCUUUGAGAGUUGUGGAACCAUGGCAACUGAAUGUGGUGGUUGUUUGGGUGGUGCUGGGGAAGCAGGGCUACCAUUAUUAUUCAUAAUGGCUUUGGUUGUUCUGGGACUUUUUACCGUAAUUGGGAUAUUCUACAGUGUAUUGGUGGCUACCAUGGUAGGUCAACGGAUAUGGCAACGUCAUUAUCACAUACUUGCAAAAAGGAUGUUGACAAAGGAGUAUGUCGUUGAAGACGUCGAUGGAGAGCUGACUGGAUCUGAUUGGUCUCCCCCGGCUCUCCCACAGGAGCAUGUUCAGCAGUUGAAAACAUUGGGCCUACUAUGA